AGCCCAGCCGCAGCGGGGUGAGAGCGGAGGCGGCCGCGGGCGUCGCCGCCAGCAGCGGCCCCAGCCCGGCCGGCAGCGCCGCUGAGACCCCGCGAGCAGGUUUUCUUCAGCAGUGGAGUGUGAGAAAUAGAGACUGAAGAUGAGUGAGCUGGAACAGUUACGGCAGGAGGCCGAGCAGCUGAGAAACCAAAUCAGAGAUGCAAGGAAAGCAUGUAGUGACACAACUCUUGCUCAGAUCACAACAAGUCUGGACUCUGUGGGUCGAAUCCAAAUGCGAACAAGGCGUACGCUUAGAGGUCACUUAGCCAAAAUCUAUGCUAUGCACUGGGGAUCUGACUCAAGGCUACUAGUCAGUGCUUCUCAAGAUGGAAAAUUAAUUAUUUGGGAUAGUUAUACAACAAAUAAGAUGCACGCCAUUCCUCUGAGAUCCUCCUGGGUGAUGACUUGUGCCUACGCACCCUCUGGAAACUAUGUUGCCUGUGGUGGGUUGGACAACAUCUGCUCCAUAUACAACUUAAAGACCAGAGAGGGCAACGUGAGGGUGAGCCGGGAGCUGCCAGGACAUACAGGAUACUUAUCCUGUUGUCGCUUUCUAGAUGACAACCAAAUUGUCACUAGCUCAGGAGACACCACUUGUGCUUUGUGGGAUAUUGAAACUGGUCAACAGACCACCACAUUCACUGGGCAUACUGGCGAUGUGAUGAGUCUCUCUCUGAGUCCAGACAUGAGGACUUUUGUUUCGGGUGCCUGUGAUGCCUCCUCAAAGCUCUGGGACAUACGAGAUGGAAUGUGCAGGCAGUCGUUCACAGGGCAUGUGUCAGAUAUUAAUGCAGUUUGUUUUUUCCCUAAUGGACAUGCAUUUGCCACUGGAUCUGAUGAUGCCACCUGCCGACUCUUUGACCUCCGAGCAGAUCAGGAAUUGAUGAUGUAUUCCCAUGACAAUAUCAUCUGUGGGAUCACUUCUGUAGCCUUCUCCAAAAGCGGCCGCCUCUUGCUAGCAGGGUAUGAUGACUUCAACUGCAACGUGUGGGAUACUCUGAAAGGGGAGAGAGCAGGUGUCCUUGCUGGCCAUGACAACCGUGUCAGCUGUUUAGGUGUUACUGAUGACGGCAUGGCUGUAGCUACAGGGUCUUGGGACAGUUUUCUCAGAAUCUGGAAUUAACUGGGAGCCAAACAUGUACAUUCUCCAUUUGAGAUCUGGAGAGAUCAAUGCUGCAGCCUAUAGCUGUGAAAUAACAUUUCUACCUUGUAUUUGCAGGUGAAGUUUUUCUAUUCACUGAUUAUUACACAAAAAGGCUUUCUGUAAACUAGAAAAAAAAAAUUCAAGUGAAGAAAUAGGGGAGGGGGGAAGAAAUCACUGACUUUUUAAAAGGGGCCAGCACACAUAAUCAUGGUGACCGACAAACUAAGAGCCAGUCUUUUUGUUUUUGGUGGUUUGGUUAGAUUGUCCUUGAAGGGUUUUUGCUUGUGCUCAGUCUGCUAAUCAUGUACUUUUUUUUGUACAUAACAGAAUAUACACAUUAUAGCAGCCAAUCGUAACAUUUGUCUGUGUGUAAAAAAAAAAAAAAAAUGUUGGCAUUUUUUAAGGAACUACAUUUAUAGCUUUGCUUUUAACCUGAGAUGUCACUUCUGAGUUUUGUAGUGGAUGAACUAGAUUGCUGUUUUAAAUGUUUUUGUGAAUUUACUGUAGAUAAAGUGAAGCCAAUGGUAUGUAUGUGUUUUUAUAAUGGAAGGCAUUUGAAUUUUUUUAAAGGCCCUGGAGACUCCCAGUUAAUACCUACCGCCUUAUUCACACACUUGACCUGCUUGCCUCUUUUUAAUCAUGGGGGUUCUUCCUUCAAGCCAGUGGUUCCUGGUUCAUCCAUUGGCAGUCAUGGCCUCCAAACACCAAGCAGUUAAUGCCAGGCAGACUUGCAACAACAGCAAAAAUAAUGAGAAAAAAAAAAUAUAUAUAAAAAAUCCGGUUCCAGAAGUAUUAGCUUCCUUACUGCAGCUUUUGGCAUCAGCUGUCCCAGGCAGUCCUUGGGUAUGGCAGCCAAGUGACCUGCCUUGCUGUCAUUAAAGUGGCUGAGUGCUUUUCCUUUGGAGAAAUCAGCUCUAACUAAAUGGGGUGGAUUGGGUCCAUCACAAGCUCUAGCUGAUUCGCACUAACCAACCCAUUUGGCCUGAGGCACAUGGAAGCAGUGAGCCUGCAGAGCUCGCUCCCUUCCCACCCUGCACUGAGACAUUCAGGACCUUCCUUAAGUUCUUAAAGAAGGUUUAAAUGUGCAGUUAGUCACCUGUAAUCCCCCUCCAGACCAGGGGGCUGCCAAAGCUUGCCACAACCGGGAGUGCUUCUUGUCACUGACGUGCAGUGUGAAUUACAAAAGAAUUGUGUAACUUACGAUUGACCAAAUCACCUUCUGGACCUUCCAAACUUCAUUCUACAAACUUAGUGACUUGCUGCUCCUCCUGUGGUCACAGAGGUCUGUGCCACGGUGGCUUCUUAGAUGCUAAUUGCUCUGCAGCUCUGACACUGUAAAUAGCCAUUUCCUCUCCUGUUCCUGAUUUUAUUCUGAUUUUGAUAUCAAUGGCUUAUAAAUGAUAGGUUCUGAUGAAGUACAGUUGAGCACAGAUACAGGGAACUCCAGUGGCUGAUCCUGUUUGAAACUAACUGGGAAGACUGCUUAACUUUUCUGUGCCUGGCAGCAUGCCUGUGCUUGCAGUGGAUGUUCUCUUGGGAAUCUGAACAUCUGUGGCAUUUUUGGAAGGGGGAAUGAAGUCUGUUGGCUUCUCUUAAGUGACUUAUUUUAAAGAUAACGUGAAUUUUAAAUCAGGUUGGAUGUUAAUCUGCCCUCAUCUGAAGUUACAGGGGGUCUGGGUAUCUCUGGAUCAGGUAGUAAAUAUAAGUGCCCGGUAUCUUGUAUUAUACCAAAACAGAUUUAUGGCUGAGAGGACUAUUUGUCAAGUGUCUUGACAUUUGUAAUCCUAAAUUUCAGUACUUCCAUACUGUGCCUGUAAACUUGCCAUGUCUCUAAUGGUGAAGGUGCCAAUAAAUGUACCAGUCAAUCACAGUAAAUUCACUUUUAAAUAAAGAAAAAUGUGCAUCUUGUGCUGGAGAAGUAAACAUUUAAUAACAGCAGACUGGUGUAGGACCAAAAUCACACUAUAUUGUAUGUCACAGGAAUUCCUCAGCAUUUUGCUUUAUGGUCUCUCUGCAUUAAGAAACUAUUAUGGAAUUCUUGUUACUCUCUUAAGUGAGCAGCUCUUGGGAUCUUGCAGACUUGGUUUAUUUUUCAGUGGUGCACUUGAUUAUUGUUUUUUAACUCACAGCUGCCUUGAGUGAAUCAUUCUGGAAAUUUGUUACUAAGGAAUUUUAAGAAAAUAUUCUUUUUCUAAACAAUUUUUUUCCAUAGAAGUGUGUUUUGAAGCAGUUUCCUAGCCAACACCGUUGCAAAGAUAGGUGCCAUUUUUAUGUUCUGGUGUUAAAACUCGUUUCUACUUGUGUGACUCCAGAAACAAUUUUACAAAUGUAUAUAACUUUUCUUAACAGUUCAGGUAGAUGGUGAAUGGUAGCGGCUUCUCCUGCAGGUGUUACUGCAAAUCAUGUCACUGUCAUCAUUUGAUGGGCGAUUGUCUGUUGGAUUCAGCUGCUUUUAAAAUAAAUAAUGAGUGCCAAGUGCUUGCUAAUGAGGUUUCCAGAUUAUCUGGUGGGUUUUGCCACUGGGUUAUAGCCAGGGUUGGUAGUGCUGCAGGUCCUUUUGCGUCAGGGCAUGAGGAGACCUGGAAGAAGCCCGAGCACAACUGAGGAAACAGUAUCUGAUGCUUCUUAGGGACUUGUAGAAAGCUUGUGAUAGAUACUGCCAAGGUGAUGUUUGCUGUUUAAACUGUUUUGAAUAUAGUUUUGCAUUUUCUUCUUUUUUAGAGCCUACAGAUUUAAUGUAUCAUGUUAUCAUAUGAGGCCAAAUAAUGCCCUUACACAGGGUGUGGUUUUUCCCUCUUAAAUGGAGAUCCAUGGUAUUUCAAGAUUGAUUGCCUUACUAAAAUGGGUGUAGUUUUAAUGGUAAAAGCUCAGACUGCUAAUAUGAGGGAGGGACUACACUGACCCUUCAGAGGUUUCACUUAGCAGAUUUUAGUCCCAAUUUUGAAUCUCAAAGAAAACAGUACGUGCCUGCAGUUCAGUGCAGGCUCAAGUUGGCAGCCUGUGUGAUCUCUUAACAGUGCAGCGUGGCAGCUGCAUCACCCUCCCUCCGUCCCUGGACAGCAGAUUUGCAGCACUAGUGGCUACAUCUUAACCUGUCUGGAAAAGUUUGUUGCCAAACUUACCUGCUUUAUGUAACAAGGUUUAUUUUUGUCAGGUACAGGUUUUUGUCAGCAUUCUCUGAUUUUGAUUUAACUUUGCAUAGAGGAUACUAAUAGGGUGAGUGCCCAACUUGGGCUUGUUCCCAUGUGGACUCAGAUGUCUGCUUAUUGGUAGAGAGAUUGGUUGUGAUUCUGGAAACCACAAAAAGCUUCUAGGUGGCACCUUGCUGAUGUACACUUGCUUCCCCUGCUAACGUGGGCCCGUUUCCAUCAGUCUCCAGACCUUUUUUUUUCCCAAAUAUCACUAUCCUCUGCCUUGCCAAAUUGCAGUUCUGUUGCAGAAUCUGGCAGAACAGAUAGUUCAAUGUAUUGACAACACUGUCAUACACCAUUUGAAAUGGAACAUGGAUUAAAUAGGCUUUUCCCCCUGCCUAAGGCUGUAACAGCUGGUCCUAGUGUGCUUACUGUAAUGCAUGGGUUGGAAAUAGUUAACUCUUUAAUUCAUUCAGUUAGUGUAACCGCUUGUCCCACGAUGAAGUUCAUAUUUCUUUUAAGGUGGAAUGAAAACAUUGUGAAAACAUUCCAAGAGUGCUUAGUCUUUCCUCUUUGAGGACACUGUCACCUCCACUAGGUUUUAGUGCUGUGCUUUAAGAUGUUGGUGAGAGUAUUGGCUAAUUCAACUAGUUGGUAUAAAUGGUUGUGUAGCAGAAUGACUGAUUUUUGAGAUAGCAUUUCCUGUAAAAGUAAUUAAGCAUGGGUUGAUGGUGCACUUUGUAUACAGUAAUCUGGCGUGCAUGCUGGUAAAACUACUUCCUACACUUCAGAGGCACCACAAGCCUUUUUAUCCAAUUGCUGGUUAUGUAAAAUACAUGCAGAAUGUUAAUGCAGUGUUGUUAUGGUAAAUGUGUGAACAGUGUUACUAAUUGAUAUAACUGAUAAGAGAUUACAUGUGCCUGACAUUCUUAUACCACACAGUAUGUUUAGGUUUUAACUAAUAUGGACUUCGGUGGAAUAGUCUUAGAUAUUUCAAGCCUUUGUUUUACUUACACAAUGGUGCUCUAUUUGUGUUGGGUUUUUUUUUCCUCCUUUUUUAAAAUAAAAGCAUCUGAACACUCGUAGUACAUAUUACAUCCAAAGGAGUCCAAAAUAAAAUGCUUCUAAACAUGCUUGAUUUUAAUUUGCCUUUAGUUUCCAGCACUUCUCAUCAGCUAGGUUCCUUUUUUUAAUUUUUUUUUUUUUACUUGUUGCUGACUACUUUGGAAAACUUCAGUAAUGUUACCAAUUAUGAAGUGAUUCUGCACUGCCUUUGGAUUGUGUAUGUAUUCAGAAACAGUCUUAAAGCUUUUAUUUAAGCUAUUAAAAAAAAAAAACCAGGGACUUGUGCCAUUUGUUCUUUAACAGUGCUGUUGUAAAAAGACUUCCCUGUGAAAAAAAAAAUCACUUGCUAUGAACUCUGUUUAUAGCUUUUUUUUUUUUUCCACGAUGGAUCUUUUUCUUUGUAUUUGUACAGUGGCUCAGUGAAAGAUGUUGCCAUGAGUUGAUAUUGUAACCAAUAAACAAGUGCUUUUAACCAGA